CCUCGGCUCUCUUCCCACAACGGAUCCCUUCUCUCUUACAGACCUUCCUUCCAAAUGGGCUCUCCCUUUUACCGAGUCCUCUUUUUGGUUGGCUUCUGUGCUCCAAUCUACUGCAUGUCCUCAACCAGGGCCCCCAGCAGAGGGUACCCCCAGCCUCCUUCCAUGAAGAGCACCCCGGCCUCUCAAGUGUCUCCCAGCAACACCAAGUUCGCCUUCUUUCUGUACCAGAGGCUGGCUCAGAAAAGCCCAGGUCAGAACAUCUUCUUCUCCCCCGUGAGCAUCUCCACCUCCCUGGCAAUGCUGUCCCUGGGAGCCCGCUCAGCCACCAAGACUCAGCUCCUCCAGGGCCUGGGCUUCAAUCUCACACACACGCCGGAGCCCACCAUCCACCUGGGCUUCCAGCAGCUGGUCCACUCGCUGAAUGUGCCCAGCAAAGUCCUGGGCUUGAGGAUGGGCAGUGUGCUCUUCAUCCAAAAGGGGCUGCAGGUACAGAUGAAUUUCCUGGACAGGGUCAAGAGACUCUAUGAGACAAACGUCUUUUCUGCGGACUUCUCAAAUACUGCCACAGCCCAGGCGAGGAUCAACAGCUAUGUGGAGAAGGAGACCAAAGGAAAGGUUGUAGAUGUAAUCCAAGACCUUGACUCCCAGACUGCCAUGGUCCUGGUGAACCACAUUUUCUUUAAAGCCAAUUGGACGCAGCCCUUUAGCCCUGCAAACACAAACAGAAGCUUCCCAUUCAUGCUGGGUAAGAGAACCACUGUGCAUAUCCCCAUGAUGCACCAGACAGAGAUGUUUGCUUUUGGAGUGGACCCAGAGCUGGGCUGCUCUGUGCUGCAGAUGGACUACAGGGGAGACGCUGCAGCCUUCUUUGUCCUCCCUGACAAGGGCAAGAUGAGGCAGCUGGAGCAGGCCCUGUCGGCCAGGACGCUGAGAAAGUGGAGCCACUCACUCCAGAAGAGGUGGAUCAAGGUGUUCGUUCCCAAAUUUUCCAUUUCUGCCUCUUACGACUUGGAAGCUAUCCUCCCAAAGAUGGGCAUCCGUGAUGCCUUUGACAAAAAUGCUGAUUUUUCUGGAAUUACAAAGAGACACAUCCUGCAGGUUUCUAAAGCUGCUCACAAAGCUGUGUUGGACGUCAGCGAGGAAGGGACAGAGGCUGCAGCAGCCACCACCACCAAGCUCGUAGUUCGCUCAAAGGAUGACCCCACUUUUGUCAUCAUCUUCAACAGGCCCUUCCUGAUAUUGGUUCUAGAUAAAUACACAAACUCUAUUCUCUUCCUAGGGAAAGUUGAAAAUCCCACCAAGGUGUAGGUGGACUGCUUGCUGAGUGCACGUUGAUAACGCACAAGAAAAUAAGGAGUGUGGUACAUCGUAGCCCAAUGGUGAUAUUGAGACUUGCUUCUUCCUUGCCUGGGGCCUGCCUGACCCCAAGGUGCAUGUGCCCCAGGGAUGGCACUUCUGGGGCUCAACCAUCAAAAUAACAACAGAGACACUGAUCACAAGCCCAGCCCCAGUCUUUCCAAGACAGUGGUCUCUUCCACCUGUUCUCCACAGCCUCUUUCUGGAGCCCAGCAGGGAAGGCAUAGCUCCCUUCCUCACAGCUCUUGGGAAAGAUGAUACACAGAACUCAGUGCCCUUAUCACAGACUCCAGCAUCUCAUCAAUAAAUCUGAGAUGGGAAGUCAGCGGCAACAGGCCCCCCCACAUACCCACGGGGUAAUUGAAAACGAGGGGUUUCCCACCUCUCAGAAGCUGUAUGAAUCCACUUUCUUAUUUGCUCAACAGUACUUACUGAGCACUUAGCAAAUGCUAGGACAGGGCUCCUGGCAUGUUGGGUCGAGACAGGAGACAGAUCAUUCAAAUCAGUGUAACAAAGCUGUGAACAACAACGUUAUGACGACUAGGGAAAGUGCCUUGAAGGCUCAUAGGAUACUCAGGACAGUCACUACAGGGAGCAAGGAGGUGUGGGAUCCAGGAGUGAGCCAGCAUCACACUGGGGAGGCCCUGUGGCUGGAGCAUCAUGUCAUAGAUGGAAAGGUAGAAGCUGGCAGCCAGGUAAGAGGAGGUAGAAUUACAUAGAAAAAGCACUUUGCCCAGGGAAGCAGUCUGGGUUAGGUAAGGGGUGGGAACAGCAGGCCCAUGGGGUUUUUCAGGCAAGAAAAUAAGAAUGCAACAUAGUAUGGGUUGUAAAGUCCUCCCUGAGUGCUGGCCACGGUCCUGGCCCUCAUCUCUCCACACUGAUGUGUCCCCUGUAGCCCCCAGCAGAGCUCAGCUUUCUAAGAUGCCUUUUCUGGGGACAAUGGUGCCAGUCACCCCAGAUGUGCCAUCCAGGGACCUCAUGCUGGCUUUCCCCACACUCUUUUACUCUGAAAGAAACAAACCUGAAGGGCGUGGGGGAGCUGACACAGACUUUCAGAAGACCCAAAUGCCUUGAGCCACACUCCUGCUGUGUUUUAUAACUAGGUGGCAGACACCCCCAAGGUUAAACAGCUAAUGCAGGCCACAGGGGCUCCCUGACAGAAUGGGAAGCAGUUCCAAAGCCGGUACUGGAGACUUUCCCCACCCCUUCCAUGGUACUACAGGGAGGGGUCAGAGCUCUGCCCUCAGGCACCCUGGAGAAGGUUCUAGGGGAGAAUAGGUCUCUCUCUCUCUUGGGUGCACAAGGAGUCUCCUCUGUUGUUCCCAGAACAGGCCAGAUGUCCCAUGGGGGCCAUGAGGGGCGUGGAAGGUGUGACGAACUGACUAAUGAUACUUGAGUUGGUCACAGCAAGGGUUUUUGUUAUAGUGGAUGAUGCUGCUCACCUUCUCCCCCACCUUGCUUCCUAGUGGUAUUACUUAGACACAACUGCGGGUGUGGCUUAUGUCAGCAAGAUGUGAGAGCUGUCAGAGCAGAUUCUGUGGUGUGUGUGUGUGUG